UCAAGACUGUCUGCAUAUACUUGAUCCUCUCCUGGCCCCAUCAUUAACUCCUGACAACAUCUCCUGAGACUUCAUUUUAACUCUGCGGUCAUGGGGAAAGGCUUUUACAUCAGUAAGCCUUUAGGGUUUGUGCUUUUUGGGUUGGCCGCUGUGGCCGUGCUCACCAUUUUCGCACUGUCAGUGGUCUAUGCUCAAGAGAAACGGAAAAACGAGGAGAAUGUCAUAAAUGGGACCCGCAUUGUGACGACUGCAGCACCCCACAGUACCUCGGCACCGUCGAACGAGCCCUGGGACAAGUACAGACUGCCUGACGCCCUUCUUCCUGAGCACUACAAUGUGACGCUCUGGCCUCGCUUGGUGCCGGACGAGCAGGGCAUGUACAUAUUCACUGGGAAUUCUGGAGUUGCGUUCACGUGCGUGAAGGAGACCGACCUGAUCCUCAUUCACGCCAAUGAGCUGAACUUCAACUUGACCUCGGAGAUGCAUCAUGCCAAGCUGAGGGGUUUGGGAGGGACGAGCGCUCCGGCGGUGCUGAAGACCUGGCUUCAGACACAAACACAGUACUUGGUGAUUCAGCUGAAAGGGACUCUACAAGUUGGAAAAUCCUAUUGGCUCCACAUGGAAUUUUGGGGAGAGCUGUUGGACGACCUUGGAGGAUUGUACAGAAGCGAAUACACAGAAAACGGUGUAAAAAAAAUUGCUGCCACAACACAAAUGCAGCCCACUUCUGCCAGGAACGUUUUCCCAUGCUUUGAUGAGCCGUCAAUGAAAGCCGUCUUCCAUCUGACUCUCCUACAUCCUCCAGGAACUGUGGCUCUUUCUAACGGCAUGGAGCUGGGCACUGAAAACCUCACCAUAGAUAAUCGAGAGGUUUUACGGACUACAUUCGAGCCAACUAAAAAAAUGUCGACAUAUCUGUUGGCCUUUGUCGUCAGUGAAUUUACCAGCAUACAAUCCCCUUCAGAGGCCAAUAUUUUGAUUAGAAUAUGGGGACGUAGAGAAGCCAUUGAAAGUGGUCAGGGAGAUUAUGCCCUUAAUGUGACGUUCCCUAUUUUAAAGUAUUUAGAAAACUAUUACAACACCACAUACCCCCUAUCCAAAUCAGACCAAAUCGCACUGCCUGAUUUCGCUGCUGGAGCCAUGGAAAACUGGGGUCUGGUCACAUACAGAGAGCUAUCGCUUUUCUACGAUCCUAAAGUGUCCUCUAAUGAAGACAAAGAAUGGGUGGUCACUGUAAUUACACAUGAACUUGCACACAUGUGGUUUGGGAACCUUGUGACGAUGAGAUGGUGGAACGACUUGUGGCUCAAUGAAGGUUUUGCUAGUUAUGUUUCAUAUCUUGGAGCCGAUUAUGCUGAACCCAGCUGGAAUAUUAAAGAUCUGAUGGUUCAGCAACAGGUUCAGAGAGCGUUUGUCUUCGAUGCUCUUGUUUCUUCUCACCCGCUUUCUUCACGAGAGGAUGAAGUCGUCACCCCGAAUCAAAUCGAACAGAGAUUCGAUACCAUCACGUACAACAAGGGGGCUGCAGUACUGAGAAUGCUGUCUGAGUUCCUGACAGAGUCUGUCUUUGCUAAAGGGCUUCACAACUAUUUGCAUGAGUACGCAUACAGCAACACUGUGUACACAGAUCUUUGGAAAAAACUACAGGAAGUUGUAGAUGCAGAUUCAAGCAUCCAGCUUCCAGACUCGAUAACUGAAAUUAUGAACCGAUGGAUUCUUCAGAUGGGUUUUCCUGUAGUAACUAUUGACACUCGAACAGGAAGCAUCUCUCAGCAGCACUUCCUGAUUUACCCAGAUGCGGUAGUGGACGUGCCAUCUCCGUACAAUUAUGAAUGGAUAGUGCCAAUCACAUGGAUGAAGGGCAGCAGAAAUAUGGGCCAGCACUGGCUGCUUACUAAAACGGCUUCAUAUGAGCCCAUGAAGACUGAUACUGACUGGUUAUUGGCCAACCUGAAUGUCACGGGAUACUACAGGGUUAAUUACGAUCCCCAGAACUGGGAACGUCUCCAUACGCAACUGACUUUAGAUCAUAAAGUUAUUCCAGUUAUUAACAGAGGCCAGAUCAUUGAUGAUUCAUUUAAUUUGGCGAGGGCAAAGAUAAUCAACAUAACCUUGGCUCUGGCCACGACCAAGUACCUCCACAAAGAGAAGGAGUACAUACCAUGGGAAUCUGCCGUAAGAAACUUGGACUACUUUUUCCUCAUUUUUGACCGAACAGAAGUCUACGGACCUUUGCAGACUUACCUGCGGAGAAAGACGCGGCCUCUUUUUGAGCACUUCAGAGCUAUCACAUCGAACUGGACUCAGAAACCCCAGCGUUACAUGGACCAAUACAACCUGAUAAACGCAAUCUCAAUGGCCUGUAAAACCGGAGUGGAGGAAUGUUCAGAGCUCACUAGGAUGUGGUACAAACAGUGGAUGAAGAACCCGGACACCAACCCAAUCCCUCCGAGUCUGAAAUUCACUGUGUACUGUAAUGCCAUGGCCUCUGGAGGUGUUGAGGAGUGGGAUUUCGGAUGGAAGAUGUUCAAAAACACGACCAUCGCUGCAGAGGCAGAGAAACUGUUAUAUGGUUUAUCGUGCACCAAAGAGCCCUGGCUGUUAAACAGGUACCUGGAAUACUCAAUAGAUCCAAACCUAGUCAGGAAGCAGGACAUUACCGACGGCAUCGUGUAUAUGGCAGGCAAUGUAAUAGGGCAGCCGUUGGUUUGGGACUUUGUCAGAGCGAACUGGGAGCAAAUAACGAAGGAUUUUGACGAUGGAUCCUUCUUUUUUGGAGGACUGAUUUACGGCAUCACAAAAAAGUUUUCCACAGAAUUUGAACUGCAACAGUUGCAGCGAUUUAAAGAGGACAUGGAAGCGAGCGGUUAUAGUUUUGUGACGCAGGCAAUAGAGCAGGCCAUUGAACAAACAAAAGCCAACAUUAAAUGGUUAUCUGAAAACAAAGAGCAAGUGAUGAACUGGCUGAUUGAACAGUCAGACUAAACACGCUCUCACUGUAACAGUUUGUGUAUAAUAUUUUCAAACUGAAUAUUACAUAUAUUUUUACAUUUAUAUUUUCAAAAUAAUACGUUUGAUAAUCAGCAUGUUUUGUACCUUUGAUUAUUAAAUAUUUUACAUUAUUACAUAAUUGUUUAA